AUCCUGAUGGGAGGAGGUGACACUGACACCAACGCUUGCAUUGCAGGUGGACUUAUCGGAGCUAUUGUCGGGUUUGACGGACUUCCAAAAAAAGCGAAGACCAAAGUUCUAAAUUGGGACAAUAACAAAGAAGAAGGUCAUGAAAGGCCUGAAUUCCUAGUCCCAAAAUUUCAUGCUGAAAGUUUGAUUGAGAGAUUAUACGAUUUGGCUCCAACUGAUUUAAAAACUGAACGAAUUCAUGAACAUAAUGAAUAUUUACUUUAG